UUUUUUUUUCCUAUUUUUUUUUUCUCUUCUUUUUUUUCCCUUCUUAUCACUUCUUUUAAUAGUCUCAUUCGAUUGAGUUCUUGAUGGAUCAGCAAUCAGCAUCCACUUUUUUAGAUAUCAAGAACACUUCAUCCUCAGCACCUACACCACAAAAUACACCUAUCAACGCAGCUCCAAUCACUUCAAGUUAUCGUCCUACUUUUAAUAGCAUAUCUGAAAAUAUGGAAACUCAAGGUACUCUUCUCGGUCGUGCAACAGAACGUAUUCAAUCACUUCCUACAAGUGUACAACGUCGACUUCAUGGUCUUAAGUAUUUCCAAAGCAAACAUGCCGAAUUAGAAGGAAAAUUCCAAGAAGAAGUGUUGGCUUUAGAAAAGAAAUAUUUGGCAUUGUAUCAACCUCUUUACAACAAACGAUCCGAAGUGAUUACCGGUAAAUACGAACCUACAGAAGAAGAAGUAACUUUGGGUAAAAAGGUGGCAGAUGAAGAAUUGGAACAACAACAACAACAACGACAAGAAGGAGAAGAACAAACGACAAAGAAAGAAGGAGAAGAUGACGAAGUGAUUGUCUCUGGUAUUCCUGAAUUCUGGUUGACCACUCUCAAGAACCAUCCUCAAAUCGGUGAAACUAUCUCUGAUCAAGAUGAAGCUGCUUUGAAGCAUUUGGUCGAUAUCCGUAUGCAAUACAUGGAAAAACCUGGAUUCCAAAUUGAAUUUGAGUUCUCUGAAAAUGAUUUCUUCCAAAAUACUAUCUUGACCAAGGCCUACUAUUAUCAAGAACAUGCUUAUGGUGGUGAUUUUGUUUAUGAUCAUGCUCAAGGUUGUGAAAUACAAUGGAAGGAAGGAAAGGAUUUGACUGUUACCGUUGAAACUAAGAAACAACGUCAUAAAGGUACCAACAAGACUCGUGUUGUGAAACGUACUGUACCUGCUGAUAGUUUCUUCCACUUCUUUAGUCCUCCUGUUUUCCCUGAUGAAUCUGAAGAAUUAGAUGAAGAAGAAGCUGAAGGUUUGGAUGCCAAGUUGGAAGCUGAUUACGAAAUGGGUGAAGAAUUCAAGGAUAAGAUCAUUCCUCAUGCUGUGGAUUACUUUACUGGAAAGGCUUUGGAAUAUGAAGAUUUUGAUGGUGAUGAUGACUUUGAAGAUGACUUUUAUGAUGAUGUAUCUGAAGAAGAUGAAGAUGAAGAUGAAGACGAUGAUGACGAUGAUGAUGAUGAUACUCAACCUGCCAAGGGUGAAAAUGCUCCUGAAUGCAAACAAUCUUAGAUUUAUAGCCAAAGCAUUGAUCUCUUAUUCUUUCUUUUAUUAUCCUCUCACUUAGUUUAUAUAGUAUAACUCUUUCUUUUUUAUAUUUUUAGUUUUUUUUUUUUUUCAGCAUUUGAAAUAAAUAAAAUAAAAGAAACAUGUAUAUUUUUUGAAAGCCUCA